AUGAAGAAAGAUCAAAGUGAGAUCAUUUCUCUGAAUAUUCAUGGUUCAAAUAUUGAUCAACAUUCAAAAUUGAAUUCCUUUAAUGAAAGAGUUCAAGAGCUAACUGUGAAUGAAAAUGACCACUCAAUCUCUGAUAAAAAGGAAAUCCAACAAGGUGGUGGGAACGGUGAUGAAGUUCAUCUUAGAAAAUCAUUCUCUUUAUGGUCAAUUUUAGGUGUAGGUUUCGGUUUAACCAAUUCUUGGUUCGGUAUUUCAGCCUCUUUAGUAACAGGUAUCUCUUCCGGUGGUCCAAUGAUGGUUGUAUAUGGUAUCAUCAUCAUCGCUCUGAUUUCAGUUUGUGUAGGUGUAUCAUUAGGUGAAUUAUCUUCUGCUUAUCCUCACGCCGGUGGUCAAUUCUGGUGGUCUUUAAAAUUAGCUCCCCAAAAACAUAAAAGGUUUGCCGCUUACUUAUGUGGUUCUUUUGCUUACGCAGGUUCAGUCUUCACAAGUGCUUCAACCACUUUAUCUGUUGCUACUGAAUUAGUAGGUAUGUACUCCUUAACUCAUCCUGAAUUUAUCCCUCAAAGAUGGCAUGUUUUCGUAUGUUUUGAAUUACUACAUCUAUUCUUGAUGUUAUUCAAUUGUUAUGGCAAAUCUCUACCGCUGAUUUCUACUACCUCAUUAUAUAUAUCGUUGGCAUCUUUUUUGACCAUUACUGUAACUGUCUUAGGUUGCUCUCAUGGUAAUUUCAAUGAUCCAAAAUUUGUGUUUGCUACUUUUUAUAAUCAAACUGGUUGGAAAAAUAGUGUCAUUGCUUUCAUCACUGGUUUAAUUAAUCCUGCAUGGUCCUUCUCUUGUUUAGAUUGUGCUACACAUAUGGCCUUUGAAGUAGAAAAACCAGAACGUGUAAUUCCAAUAGCUAUUAUGGGAACUAUAGCAAUUGGGUUUGUCACUUCCUUCUGUUACGUAAUUGCAAUGUUCUUCUCAAUUCGUGAUUUAGAUGCCUUAUUUGCAUCUCAUACAGGUGCUCCUAUCCUAGAUAUUUACAAUCAAGCACUGGGUAAUAAGGGAGGUGCCAUCGUUUUAGGUUGUUUAAUUUUGUUCACUUCAUUUGGUUGUGUCAUUGCUUGUCACACUUGGCAAGCAAGAUUGUGUUGGUCAUUCUCAAGAGAUAAAGGUUUACCAUAUUCUCAUUUAUGGGCUCAAGUUAAUCCUCAGCUUGGCGUACCACUGAAUGCCCAUUUGAUGUCAUGCGCUUGGAUUUCCUUAAUAGGUAUCUUAUACAUUGCGUCAACUACUGCAUUCAACUCUUUGAUUACUGGAUGUAUUGCCUUCUUAUUGCUUUCAUACAUCAUUCCUGUAAUAUGUUUAUUAAAGAAAAAACGUCAAAUUAAACAUGGUCCAUUCUGGCUUGGUAAAUUCGGUUUGUUUUCUAACAUCGUUUUACUAGGUUGGACUUUAUUUGCCAUUGUCUUCUUCUCGUUCCCACCACAACUACCAGUUACAAAGGAUAAUAUGAAUUAUGUAUCUGUCGUGAUUGUUGGUUACACAUUAUAUGUAUUAAUAUAUUGGAAGUUUAAGGGUAGCAAAGAAUUCCAUGCUACUGAAGAAGAGUCAGAAGAAGAAGAAGGUGAUCUAGUAGAAGACGGCGAUAUGAUGAUUGCUUCUUAUAACGGUGAUUUGGAAGAAUCACUGAAUGAAGACUUUGAUAAUGCUGGUACUUUGAAUCCAAAAAAUUAUUCCAGACGUUCGAAAGUUAUUAGUUUGAACGAUAGUGAAUAA